AUGCAGUGCGUUCUAUUGAUGGCAGCUUGUGUUGGCAUUUUAGCCAUUGUUUCUUUGUCAGAAGCUCAACCACAACGUGCUCAUGUACAAAAACUGCCCUACUAUACAUCACCUACCCAGGCAACCAGGCCCAGGAGGGCUCGUCGUUCUCCAGAUAGUCCCUCAACAAGCAAUGGCGUCUCCAUAAAAACCAGUUCCGUUAGCAGUAACAUAUACAGCAGUCCUUCGAACAAGGUGGAUGGCACAGUUACACAAAGUAAAACCUACUUUCCAAAUGGUAAAUUUGCUGAAACAUCAUCGGCUUCUUUGGAUUGGAAGAAUUCCCUCGGGGUUGGUGGUUCUUUGAGCCGUGACAUUAACACGGGUGUCAGUGAUAGUUUCACCAAGUCAGUGGGAUACAAUAUUUUCAAUAAUGAUCGCAAUAGCGUGGAUGCCCUCUAUUCACAUACCAACACAAAACUGAAUAAUGGUUUUGGUUUCAACAAGGAAAGUGGUACCCUAAAAUGGACUAAUGAAUGAGGACAUGGUUUGAAUGGUGGUAUAACGCGUUUCGAAGGUUUUGGCAAACAAGCUUCCGUUGGUGGCCACACAAAUAUAUUUAAAUCUGAUGAUGGUAAUACUCGUUUGGAUGCCUUUGGUUCUGGAUCGAAAUGGUUGAGUGGCCCGCUUGAAAAUCAUCGGGAGUUUAAUGUUGGCAUUGGUGGAAGUCAUUAUUUCCGUGGAUAA